AGUGAUCGAUGUGGAGGCAGUCCGCCAGCCUGCGACAGAAAAACAAGCGAGGAUAGGACGAGCAGUACAUGGUCAGCCCAUGUUUUAAAAAAAGAAAGAAUAAUUGUGAAACCGGAGGAUAUAUGAGGAUUUAAUGGUUAUUUCUGUGGCUUUUACGUGCGGUUAGUCACUUAUUGUUUGGGUGCGGGGGGUCUUUAUUGUGGAGAGUGUCGCUGUUGCCCAUUCUCACUGGAGUGAACACUAAGGUAAGCCUCCUGGAACCGCAGAUGAACUGUGAGGACUCCAUGAAAGAUGACAGAGGAGGUGAUUGUUGUAGCCAAGUGGGACUACACGGCCCAGCAGGACCAAGAACUUGACAUCCGUAAAAACGAGCGUCUCUUCCUCCUGGACGACUCAAAGACCUGGUGGCGCGUCCGCAACGCCUCAAACCAAACCGGCUACGUGCCAUCGAACUACGUUGAGCGGAAGAACAGCCUGAAGAAAGGCUCGCUGGUGAAGAACAUCAAAGACACACUGGGUUUGGGAAAAACUAAGAGGAAGACAAGCGCGCGUGAUGCUUCCCCAACGCCAAGCUCAGACACAGAGUAUCCCUCUAACGGCAGCGGGGGCGGAGGAGGAGGAGGCGCCGCUGAAAGAAUCUAUGACCUCAACAUCCCUGCUGUGGUCAAGUUUGCCUACACACCCGAGAGAGAUGACGAGCUGACCCUGGUCAAGGGCUCCAGGGUCAUCGUGAUGGAGAAGUGCAGUGACGGCUGGUGGCGUGGCAGUCAGGCGGGCCGUGUGGGCUGGUUUCCUUCCAAUUACGUCCAGGAGGAGCUCGGAGGCGCGGGUGACAGAGGGGAGGGAGAUUCCUCACAAACCUACCACGGAGGCUCCCAAGGAACUUUGCUGGCCAACGGGCGUGCAGGCGGCCCUGUCGAAGUGCUCCACUUGGUUCAGACACUGUACCCCUUCAGCUCAGUGACCGAGGAAGAGCUGAACUUUGAGAAGGGAGAGGUCAUGGAGGUGGUGGAGAAGCCUGAGAACGACCCGGAGUGGUGGAGGUGUAAGAACUCGCGUGGCAUGGUGGGCCUGGUACCUAAAAACUAUGUGACGGUGCUGGACGAGCGGCCAGAUCUUCCCUCCUCUACAUCAAGCUCGCCGCAGAACCGCUUUGUGGCACCGGCACGCUUGGGGAAGUUCGCCGGGAGGGACUGGUACUAUGGCAACGUCACCAGACACCAGGCCGAGUGUAUACUCAACGAGAGGGGAGAGGAGGGCGACUUCCUCGUACGAGACAGCGAGUCAUCGCCCAAUGAUUUCUCUGUGUCUCUGAAGGCGGCCGGUAAGAAUAAGCACUUUAAGGUGCAGCAGUCAGACGGAGUGUUCUGUAUCGGCCAGCGCAGGUUCAACUCCAUGGAUGAACUAGUGGAGCACUACAAGAAAGCCCCCAUCUUCACCAGCGAACAUGGAGAGAAGCUGUACCUGGUCAAAGCGCUGCUGUGAUUCACACAUCCUCACACCUACACUGGAUCUCUCUCUCUCUCUCUCUCUCACACUCACACACACACACACUCACACACACACACACACACACACACACACACACACACACACACACACACACACACACACACACACACACACACACAUUCACUCUUCAUACACACUAUACAUACUAAUGCCACUCCGUAACUCAAGCCUUAGCUCUGGACCCCCUCGCUGUGGUGUCUGUACAUCCAGAUCCUCAGUUUUCAAGUCUGACGCCCUCCUGUGGCGAUCAGGUGAAACUCUUUCUAGCUCUACAAACAAGCAGUUAACCCCAAGACGGCGAGCACUGUGUCAGGAAAUACCCAGCUGCAUCCUUCAUGUACAGCACAGUGCAUAAAAAGCCUCUGUCUCUUGGAUGUGCUAAGAUUGCAAUGUUAACAGAACGCCUGAGGCCUUGUUGGGGGUUGAGUUCUCCUUCUGAUGUCAUACAUAAUUCCAUUUACUACCACGCACAUUGUAGGUUACACCAUUGCUCUUAAUCCACACAGGAGGACGCUUAACAGUUCAGAAAGGACUCGGACCUCUGAGGGACCUUACGCUGGUGUUGUCCUGUCAAAUUGCUGGCCAUUGUUUUAUUUUGUUCAUUUAUUUUUAAAAGUUGUUCCUGAGUUAACUUUUUGUUUUUUUUAAAGCUAAUUUAAAUUCUUCUCGGGAGGUUUGAAUCAUUGCUCUUUCAUACAACGACUUCACAAAGUGACCAGAAUCACUCUCUUGCCUUUUUCUCCUUAUUUUCAUCAUUCCUCUACAUGAUUUCUCUCCCCAUUUGAACUUGUGUCUUCUGUCACUUUUUCAAAUUCCUCCUUGUUUCUGUCUCCACAGACCCAGCCAUUAGCACCGAUAUUAUUUAAAAUCUGGAUACGAUACUUCUUGUAAUAUUUCUAAGGGGCAGUGGGUGGAGCAUUAAUGCAAUAGGGGAGACCUCUGAUUUCCUGUAGAGUUUGAAUGUUUAUCAAUGUAACCAAAUGUGCCACCCUGUACCCAUACUACUGGCUCCAGGUCUGCACUGCACUCACCACACUUGGCAUUCAUUCGUAGCUCUAUGCUCAUGCUUUAUAUUGUGUCACAUUGAACCUGUUCCUGUUCUGUUCUCCAGUAUGUGUCUGUAGAUACAUGAGGAUACUGACUGAAGAAUAAUAAAAACCUUUUUGGUAACACUUUCUGAGUAACGACACUUGAUCUGCUCCAGGUCCGGCGAAAGAUUGCAGUCUUAAAACGAGUGUAUUUUAGCACAUCUUGUGAUUACAGAGAAGAGAAUUUUGCAGGAAAAAUGUCAUUGUACACAAAAACAAAUAUAAAUUAAAGAAGGGGUGGCCCUAAGUUCUUCAUGUAUAAAUCACAAAUUGUUAUUCAUAGGUUAACAUGUGUUUAGGAAAUACUUGUUACUAAUUCGUGAAAUCAGAACAACAAUAGACUCACAAGGGAACAGCUAUUGACCGUUGGGUAAACCCCUCCCCUGAACAACGAUUGUCCAAUUGUAACUUAGCAACUGUAACUAGGCACAGCAAGUCUGUCAGUCUGUCUUUCUAAAACCAAAAGCUUGAGUGAAAGAAUAAGGAAUGGAUUAAACAGCGUGUUUAUUUGCUCUGAUGUAAUUGUUAGCAUACCUUUCUAACUAGAUUACUACCUACAGUAGUAGCUGAUUAUUUAUUAAUUAAUUAAUUAAUUACAUUAUUAAUUAGUUAGAUAGUCAGCUAAUAAAAUCAGUGGUCAUUUAAGAUAGCAAAAUAGACAGAUAGAAAGGAGAAGCCGGCUUUUCUCUGCCUCUGUCUGAACUCAGACACACUGAUUAAAUAAUGACUGCACAUUGUGAGUGGUAAAGUUUCCAUUGACAGACAUCACAACAGUAACCAAAGGGGCUUAACGAACGGUCAAUUUAUAAUAACAGUCUUCUUUUACUGGCAAGAAACCAAAUAUACCGUCACCUGAUUUAUAAUGAAAAAGAUACUAGUCCUACCAAACAUUUUCCUUGUUCAUCUUCUUUUGCUCUGUGCAUUUGUUUACCAAUGGAAGUGUUGUUGAUCAUGGGGUCCUCAGCUUUUAUAUGAUAUAUCUGAAUGUUAUUGAGCAUUGUUAUUUAAUUCUUGUCUCCACUGUAUGUAUAUAUUCAAAAUAAGAUGAGGUGCAUAUAUGAAUCGUUAAGAUCAAACUAUGGUACUGUAUCACCGACAACGUGAUGAGAAUUUAAAAACUUUUGUUCAAUAAAAUUUUUUGAAGAAUA